AGGAGAAACUGCGUAUGCGGAAGUAGCGUUGAGUUUUGCUGUUAGCCUCGUUAGCCUAGCUUGUUGUGCUAGUUAGCUACCCAGCUAUAGCGAGACGAAUACAGUUACAUAUUCUGUAUUAUCUUGUUUUGUGUUGAUUAGAAAAGAUACUACAACAUGGUCGUUAUCUCACAAAGUCCCGUUUAUUAUUGUGAGUGACUGGAAAUUGACAAAACGAAACGUUAGCUUUAAGCUACACGUUAGCUUUAGCUGUUAGCUGUUGUUGUUGUGAAUGCUGAUAAGAUAGCAAUGGACCAGCACAGAUCCCACAAUCCCAACUCCUUUUCUCAAAACCGCCAGUCAGGACACAAAAGAAAUGGAGAUGACAGUGGAAGAAGUCACUGGGAGAGUAAGCGCUCCGGACCAAACCACCAGCAGCAGCAUCAGUCUUCGGGGCAAAACCCACUCAGCUCUCGGGGUUUGAGCAUCAGAAGGGAGCUGUAUGAAAGAGACUUUCCAGUGUACAAACAGCCUGUCGAAGUGGGAUGUUUUUCCCUUGACUCUGAGCGUAGAUUCUUUAAUGACAGCAGGCAGUUGAGAUACUAUGUGGAACCUGACAAACAUCCUAAUUUUGACCUGAAGGAUGGAUACAAGGACCGCUAUAUAAAGAAUCAGGCCAAUGGGAAGGAGAAGCUUGACCACAUGCUACGCUGGAUCUUGGCCAAUAGAUCAAAGGUCAGCUCAAGGGCGACCACAGCCUCAUCGGGUGCUUUAGAUGUCGAUUUUGUGACAUGGCGUGGUCAUCUGACCAAGCUGCUGACAACUCCCUAUGAGACACGGGAGGGCUGGUUGCUGGCGGUCACCAAAUUCAGAGGCACGCUUUACAUCAGUGAAGUGGAAACAGAAGCUGCUCGUAGGGACCGAGAGAACCGCACCGAGAGACUUGAAGAGAUGAUGUACGGGGGAUACAAGUUUGAGCAAUACACAUGUGCAGAUACCGUCCACAGCUUACCUGACCCAGGCGGAGUGGUUAACACUAAUGAGGCCUUCUGCACUGUGGUGCAAACGCGGCUCGCAGAUCACAGACUCCUGUUCUCCGGUGAGGUGGACUGCCGGGAUAAAGAUCCCAACGCUCCGGCUCCUCCUGCAUGCUACGUGGAGCUGAAGACCUCUGCGGAGAUCUGCACCCCCAAACAGCGCAGCAACUUCCACAGGUUCAAACUGCUGAAGUGGUGGGCUCAGUCUUUUCUCCCCGGAGUACCCCGUGUUGUGGCAGGUUUCCGGGAUCACGAAGGAAGGAUUGUGACCGUGGACACUUUUCCCAUCUCUAAGAUUUCACAGCUAAUCAAGAGUGAACAAAACUGCUGGAAACCAACAGUCUGUAUGAACUUUUGCGCUGACUUCCUGUCUUUUGUGAAGCGUUUCGCUACUGAAGACAAUCCAGGUGUGGUGUACCUGUUCUCCUGCGAGCCCCACAGAGAUGUGACCUACUCCGUCCACAAGGACUCCGAGUAUACAUUCCUCCCAAAAUGGUAUGUGGAUGGGAUGACCAGUAGUCAAGACUCACGCCAUUAGCCCAGAGCCCAACCAACUCAACUCAUCUGGGACAGUUAAUUCAGACCUCCAAUGGAGGAUUGUUGACCAAAAUACAUUGGAGUUUAAUGUUUAUACAGUUUUAGAGUCUCUGGGUGGAUCUGAGUGAACUGAUUUUGUGUCACUGAUCGCAACCACAUGUUCCUCUGGUAUUCGUUUUCUUUUAUUUGUUCAGCAUUUAAAACGGAACCAUAAUUUUUCAUCUUGCAUGUGUUGAAUUUAAGUAAAACAGUUAAUAUGCACUGAUGUCAAUAUUGUUCCUCAGACUUUAUUAUAACAAUAAUUCAAACCCACAAGACAGUGGUAUGUUAAUUGAAACAAAAUUAGAAACAAUAUUUGUUAAAAAAGAUUGUGAUGUAAAUAAACAAAGAUGACUUCAAGUAA